AUGAGUAUCUCUAAUAAUGAAUGGAGGUCCGCCGAAGUCAGUACUGGGACCACUAUAAUCGCUGUUCGAUAUGAUGGAGGGGUUGUGAUUGGAUCUGACUCACGGGCCUCCAUGGGAGGUGAAUAUGUGUCCUCGAGGGUGAUCAACAAAGUGGUUCAGGUUCACGACAAGAUUUUCUGCUGCAUGUCGGGGUCUUUGGCUGAUGCCCAGGCUGUCACCAAUGCGGUCAUCCAUAAGCUCAACUUCCACAGCAUGCAGAUGGGAGAGCCGCCCCUGGUGCAGUCCGCUGCCUCCAUCAUGAGGGAAUUCUGCUACAACCACCGGGACGAGCUGAGCGCCGGCUUCAUCGUGGCCGGCUGGGACCGUAAGCGGGGGCCUCAGGUGUUUGAAGUCUCCCUGGGAGGGAUGGUUGUUGAGCAGGAGUUCACAAUUGGAGGUUCAGGAAGCACGUACAUAUAUGGAUAUGUGGAUGCCAAGUUUAAGCCAGGAAUGACCAGAGAGCAGUGUCUCACUUUCACCACCAAUGCCCUCUCUCUGGCGAUGGACAGGGACAACGUGAGUGGAGGAGUAGUGCACCUCGCUGUGGUAACGGAGUCAGGCGCAGAGAGACAGCUUAUCCCCGGCAACAAACUGCCCACCUUCCACCGCAUAUAACCC